AUGCUGAAUAAAGUGAAAGCGUUUUUCCAGGAUGUUUCCUGUUCACAGGAUGCGCUUUUGGCCUUUCUUGGCCUCUCUGGUGUUAGUGAUUGUGUUUUUCUGCAAAUUCUUCAUAUUGCCUUGCUUUCGCGGCUGGAAGAAAAGGAGGCCAGAUUGAAGGAAAGCAACUCCGUAGGCAGGCAACUGCAGGGAAGGAUGUUCAAAAACGUUAUAUCAGAGAUGGAAGAAAGGAUAAAGAAUUCUCACCGCUUUGAUAAAAGCGGGACUUAUUAUGUAUUGGACAACUUUUUAUCCUCGGAGCAUGUCAUUCUAGGCCGGGGUGAAUAUGACGUCAGCAUUGUUACCCAGAGUUCUUCUGGUCACCUGCAUGACCUGACUGAACUUAGUGAACGAUGGAACGGACCUAUUUCUGUAUCUGUAUUUACAUAUGACGACGAUUUUGUCAAUACUAUCUCUAGUCUAGUUCAUUUUCAUUUCUGUAAUGAUCACAUCUACCGCCACGUCAGCUUUCAUUUAGUUUACCCAAUCAGUCGUGCCCCGAAACACCUCGACGGUUUAGCGUUGUUGCGACUUUCUUGUCAUGACCAUAGACAGACAUACGCUACGAACAAGACAACCUUAGAUGGUACGAAUUAUGCAAAGGAAGACUUAGAUUACCCGAACAACUUACUAAGAAACCUAGCCAUUAAUUACGCUCAGACACCAUAUAUAUUCAUGAUUGAUAUCGAUUUCUUGCCAUCUGACAAUCUUCGAGCUGAAUUUCAGCAGUUCAUGUCCACAAAUCCAAGUUUAGUUCACAAUCUAAAUACUAGUAUUACUGAUCAAUAUCUGAACACACAGCAGUCAUUGUCCGCUUUUGUGGUCCCAGCUUUUGAAAUUCAGCAUUCUGAACCAGUCCCUAGACAUAAGACACAACUGCUACAGUUAUGGUUGGAAGGGCGUGUGAGGCCUUUCUAUUGGGAGCUAUGCCAGCAGUGCCAACAGCCAACAAACUAUGAUGCGUGGAGAGCUCUGAGCUCCGGGGGACCUCUUUCUGUUGGAUACACGGUGGAAAGAAGGAGUAUUUGGGAACCGUUUUAUAUCGCCCGGACAUCGCUUCCGUUAUACGAUGAACGGUUUAAGCAGUAUGGAUACAAUCGGAUUAGCCAGGUGUGUGAGAUGCAUAUAGCUGGAUUCAAGUUCCAUGUUCUCAACAACGCUUUCAUUGUACACAAGGGCUUCAAGGUGAAGGACGGUUUCCAUGGCAGCAAGGGGGCAGAGAACAGACGGAACAAGCAACUAUUUUUGAAGUUUCAGGAAGAGCUCAAAGUGAAAUACCCUCAUGAAAGCAAGCGGUGCUGA